AGAGCGGAGCGGAGGAUGCAGCAGCCGCAGCCGCAGGGGCAGCAGCAGCAGCCGGGGCCGGGGCAACAACUGGGGGUCCAGGGGGCGGCGCCGGGAGCCGGGGGCGGCCCGGGGGGGGGCCCGGGGCCGGGGCCCUGCCUGAGACGGGAGCUGAAGCUGCUCGAGUCCAUCUUCCACCGCGGCCACGAGCGCUUCCGCAUCGCCAGCGCCUGCCUGGACGAGCUGAGCUGCGAGUUCCUGCUGGCCGGGGCCGGAGGGGCCGGGGCGGGGGCCGCGCCCGGGCCGCAUCUUCCCCCGCGGGGGUCUCUGCCCGGGGAUCCCGUCCGCAUCCACUGCAACAUCACGGAGUCAUACCCUGCUGUGCCCCCCAUCUGGUCCGUGGAGUCUGACGACCCUAACCUGGCUGCUGUCUUGGAGAGGCUGGUGGACAUAAAGAAAGGCAAUACUCUGCUCUUGCAGCAUCUGAAGAGGAUUAUCUCUGACCUUUGCAAGCUCUACAACCUCCCUCAGCAUCCAGACGUGGAGAUGCUGGACCAGCCCUUGCCCGCAGAGCAGUGCACACAGGAAGAAGUGUCUUCAGAAGAUGAAGAUGAGGAGAUGCCUGAGGACACAGAAGAUCUGGAUCACUACGAAAUGAAAGAGGAAGAGCCCGCUGAGGGCAAGAAAUCUGAAGACGAUGGCAUAGGAAAAGAAAACUUGGCCAUCCUGGAGAAAAUUAAGAAGAACCAGAGGCAAGAUUACUUAAACGGUGCAGUGUCUGGCUCGGUGCAGGCCACUGACCGGCUGAUGAAGGAGCUCAGGGAUAUUUACCGCUCACAGAGUUUCAAAGGCGGAAACUAUGCAGUCGAACUCGUGAAUGACAGUCUGUAUGACUGGAAUGUCAAACUCCUCAAAGUUGACCAGGACAGCGCUUUGCACAACGAUCUCCAGAUCCUCAAGGAGAAGGAAGGAGCCGACUUCAUCCUACUGAACUUCUCCUUUAAAGAUAAUUUCCCCUUUGACCCACCGUUUGUCAGGGUUGUGUCUCCAGUCCUCUCUGGAGGGUAUGUUCUGGGUGGAGGUGCCAUCUGCAUGGAGCUUCUUACCAAGCAGGGCUGGAGCAGCGCCUACUCCAUAGAGUCAGUGAUCAUGCAGAUCAGCGCCACGCUGGUGAAGGGGAAGGCGCGGGUGCAGUUCGGAGCCAACAAAUCUCAGUACAGCCUGACAAGAGCACAGCAGUCCUACAAGUCCUUGGUGCAGAUCCACGAAAAGAACGGCUGGUACACACCUCCAAAGGAAGAUGGCUAACGCCGGAGUGUCGCCCUCCUUCCCCAGGCACCACGGACCAUCCCCUUUGAAUGCUGUAUUUGGAUCUCAUGCUGCCUCUGUGGUCCCCUCCCUCACUUCCUGGACGGGAUAGCUCUGCCUAUUGCAGGACAGUGAUGGCUAUUCUAAACGCUAAGGAAAACAAAACAAAACAAAACAAAAACACAGAACUGUUUCAAGUACUCAAGACUGACUACAGACCAACCAACCACCUUGCUGGAACCCUUGCUAGCAGGCGUUCUUACCAAGAAACUCUCUCAAGCCUCCUUAUAUUGCUGGAAACUCAGCUGUGCUCCAGACUAGAGCCUCCUCACCUAUGCUAUGGAUUUUAAUUUAUUUUCUCUUAUUUCAUGUACACUGCUUUUUUUGGUUACAGUGUAUGAUGGAUGUGUAUGGAAAAAAAAUGUAUCUUUGGGAAAACAAUUACAGUUUGUUAAUUUGAAGAUCCUGGUGUUGACUCAUCUUUAUUUUUAUUCCCCCAUCCCCCCACCCCCAUCCCCUGAGUGCUUGGGAGGUGGGGGAGGGGUGCCAGGCCCACCAAGACGUGGAGUUGAAGCGCUGGCCCUGAAGAGCUCUGAGCGUCUGCAGCGGUCCUCGGUCCUCGGGAGGCAGAGCCCGUCGGACGGCGGAGGCCCAGCGCCAUCCUGACCCUUGGGACGACUUCUUACUAGUCUCAGCUUUCAAGUUCCUUUUUUUUUUUUUCUUUUGAGUUUUAAAAUUUCUAGGUAAAAGAAAAUCAGACUCAAAUGACUGCUUCAUGAAAUUACUUGUAAAGGAAUGGCGUGGGGAUGGGGCCCAGGGUCCCCCGUGGCUCUGUGGCCCUCCUACCGCAGCAGGCCGCGGGCAGGGGCAGCUGCCGCUCUGCUUGGUGCCUCCUUCCCGCAGAGUGGCUCCUAAUGGACGCUGGCCCGCAGCCUCUCCCUCCUGGCUCGGACAACCCUGGCUUUUCUGAGAGGAGAUGCAUGGCUCUGAAGUAGUUAGGCGUGUAGAACUGUGGACUCUCGAGCCAUCCCUGAAUGGCGAGUCCUGCCGGAAAUAGCUAGCUCUCUGCAGGGCCGUCGUGUGCACCGAACCCUCUUGCCGCCUGGCAGAGCUGCAGGCACGGGGGAGUCCGCACUGAGGCGGGGCUGUUGGUGCUGUGCUGUGGACCUGCUGCUGUCGAAGCCCGGGUGUGGUUUGCAUGUGGCCAAGGCUGCCUGAUCUGGUCAGGGAGGUCGCUGUGGGGUGACUGCCUACUGACUGGACAAGGAACUGAAUGACAGACCAGAAGCAGCCACAACCCGAGUUUUUGAAGACCCGAGUUUUCGAAAACCCAGACCUGGGCCAUCUGCCUGAAAGCGAUGUGCUGCGUUUCUGAAAUGGGGCCAUUUUCACUGGCGCAUCCUGGCCGGGCUGCUCCACGUGGAGGGAGACUUCAGUGCCACGCAGUGCCGCCCCAGCUCUGCCCACGCCACCUGACCAGGGUGCUAACCCGUGCUGAGGCUGAGCUAGAGGGGACGCUAGAAAUGCAUUCCACAAAGGGAAAUCUAUCCCAUGCCCGUGUGGCUUCCUUCUGAACUUAAAACCAGUCCUGGCUGGAAUGUAGAUUGUGUUUUUAGUAAUGUGUACUGUGAUCUGUCCUCUGUAUAAUGUAUUUUGUAAUGUAUUUUUCUCAUCUACCAAAGGAUGAAAUAAAUAAAGUUAUUUAAAUA